GAAAGCAUCGAUGGCAUUUGGUUGGCCAUAAUCCGUCGCCAUCUUCGCAAAAACCUUGCGCGCAGUGCGCUCCCGCUGACCGUCCAUAAAGAUUCCCUUGCGCAGAUUCUGGGUGAUAUAAACCCGCGCAAGACCCAGUGCUUUUUCAUUGGCAACGUCCCAUUGAUAUUGGCUGUCACCAGCCGUUCCAGGACGCUCCAUAGAACCAGGGUUCGAGGUAGAUGUGCCGUUAACCAUAAUAUGAGUGGGUUUAACCACUCCCCAGGUGCCCUGAUGCAUGCAGAUGCUCAUGUAGUUGUCCGACCACGUAUUCCAAUUGGUGCCAUCGAAGACACUCAGAAUGGAGUUGUUGAGUUUCUCGAUUCCCGACAUGGUGGGGAGAUACUCGAUAACGUCGGCGGUUUGGUAAUGAAGAAAGGGGAAUUUGAUAUAGGGAGGAUCACCAAAUAGGGACCGAAGUUCAGGAGUCCAAUUGUCCUGAUGGUGAAAUAGAUCUUCGUUG